AUCGUCUUCUUCCCCCCCCCCCCCCUCGGUCAGGCUUGCCUUCCUUCCUUCGCCCCCUUUCCCCCUCGUUCCUUGCCUUGCCUGCGCCAUCGCCUCUCUGCUCGCCGCCCCUCGGGUUCUCCCUUUCCCGUGUCCCGCCGGUUUUUUUCUUCUCCGUGGCAGACGCAGCCCCAUGUCCGGCCUCGGCGAGCGUGGCCGCGGGGCCCUGUCGAGCAUUGCCGAGUCGGCCAUGCGGCUGCUUGGUGGCGUGCGGGGUGACCGCCGGCCGACGGUGCGGCCGCUGGCCGCGCAUAAGGCCUCGGCCAGCCAGUCGGCCAGCCGGCCGGCCAGCCCGCGGCGCAUGCGGCCAGCCAUGCCGCUGGCAGGGCCGGCUCCUGGGCCGAUGCCUGCUGACGCGGUUUCACAAUCUACCACCCGGUCGCCACUGGACGCGGCCCUCGAGGAGGCCUUUGCCGGGGCCUUUUCCUCCCCGGGACGUGUGUUCCAUCUGGCUUGGGCCGACUCGACCGAGCCCGGCCUGCGUGUGGUCUUCCUCAAUCCGUCAGUCAGCUGGGCCCCGCUGGGGGAGCUGCUUGGUGGGGCUAGCGUGGGGCUGGAUUUCGGCGCUCUACCCGACAUGGGCCCCCAGCCGCACGGGUGUUUCCUCCUGCUGGGGCCUCCGCCGGGGUUUGCCGAGGACCUGCCCUCGGCCACCAGCGCCAGCCCGGGCCGCCCCGGGCCGGACAUCCCGGCGGACGUUCUCCAGGCACACCUGGAUGCCGAUGCGGCCUCGCAGCUGGCUCGCCAGGCUCGAUCCACGGCCGUCUUUGACACGGGCACCGGCGGGGAGAUGGGCCGGACCACUGCCCGACCCUUGGAGACCGAGGACCCGGCGGGCGAGGACCCCGCGGCCGAGGAGGCCGAUUGCCUGCCCCGCUGCUUUCCACUGCACUCCACCGAGUGCCUGAUCCGCGUGGCUGGCACCCCCGGGGCCGGGCUCGUGGAGAGGGCCGACAUCACCAUCGCGCCGUCCUCCGAUCGGCAGACUCUGGUGGGCACGGUGCCCCUGGUGGGGCUUGUCGGCCGGCGGGUCAGACAGGGGCAUUGGCCCGGGGCGGGGUCCCGUGCGCCGGCCUCGCCCUGGCCCAUGCCCGGGCCGGGGGCCGGCGUGGCGGCCCCCGGCUUUGGCCCGGCCACCACGCCCCCGGUGGCCGGCUGCACCAGUGUCCUUUCCCAAAGCGUGCCUCUGGUCCAACUCCAAGGGAUCACGCCCUGCUCGGCGAGCCUUUCGCGCUAUGUGGCCCAGUCCUUCGGGCGGAUUGUCCGGGCACUCGGCCGCCGGGAGGUCGCGCUCUUGGCCGAAGACGUGGCCUUGGUGGUGCUACGCGCUGGCCAUGGUGAGGGUGCUUCGGCCCCCGGGCCGGGCGCCUUGCCAGUUGGGGUGACGCUCUCGGCGCAGCGCCUCUCCGGCCGGCCUCCCGGGCGGCGCGCCGACGUCCUGGAACUGGUCAACUGGCGCCCGGCCAUGGUCCUAUCGUUGGACAGCUUCGCUCAGCUGUUCGGACUCCCGGCCGAGGACCUCCCCCAGCAGUUCCGGGCCUUGGCCGGUGCGCGCGCGCGCGCCGUGCGAUCGGCCAUCGAUCGCUUUGUUCCCCUGGAGCACAUGGACCUCGGCAUUGGCGUGUGCUCGCAGUAUGAUCUGGUCGGGUCGUUGACUCCACGGCCCGGCCUGCCAGUCGGCUCGAAUGUCAGCAUCCGCCUCGAGUGGAUCACGCAAUCCGUGUCGAGUCCCUUCUCCCUGCGGGGGCUUGGGCCAGCCAUUCGCGAAAGCUGGUCCGCGGGUUCGAGGGAUUCAGCAAGGUCGACAAUGGCCAAUGCCCCGGUCCUGCCGCUCAGCGGCGAGCACGUAGCCCUGACUGGCGCCCUUCGCCGGCAAUUUUGCGUGGACCUCAGCACGCAUGGGGUCCCGCCGCGUCUGGCCACCAUCAUGCGCAUUCUCCCCUUCGGGAGUGAUCCCUCCCUCUCACCGGUGGCCCGGCUCUGGGGCCGGGAGUUCGCCCGACUGGGGGAGCUCCUGCAGCAGGAGCUCGAGCAAUCGGAGGGCACGCCAGUCGGUGGCACUUGGCACCGGCCUCCCGAUGUCCCGGCCUUUGGCCUCCUUCUGGAUCGUCUAUUCCCUGAUACUCCCCAAAGUGCACUCGUGGCUCGGGAGAAGGCCUUCCUUCUCCAGAGGCUGCCAGCACCCGGCACCGGGGUCGCGCACCCCGGGCCGCCGUAUGUCGACCCGGUGGCCGGAUCCUUUGCUCCUGGGGACUUUGAGCUCACACGCGAUGUGGGUCCAGUUGUCUGGCCCACCUCCCGACCAAACCUGGACCUUUGUGACAAUGUGUGGGAGCUCUGCCUGCAGGCACGGGGCGUGGAGGACUUUCUGGAGAUCCUCGAUCGGCUGGGUGAGUGUGCCGACACCGGCUUCCUGGGUGGCUUCCUCCGCCCUGAUAACCGCACGACCCUGGCCGGGGCGCUGCGCGCAUUGGCUCCCGAGUCUGCGAGCCGCCUGCUGCGACUUGACAGCCUGUCAGUCGGCCGGCCGGCGGCUCUUGCCUCCUUCUCCGCACGCCUGGCCUACUGCCGGUCGUACCCCCUAACUUGUCUCAUCGACCUGGGCAUCGCCAAAUUGACGGCCGACUGCCUGUGGCUGCUCAUGGAGGCCCAUGAGGGGCCGCAUUUGCCAGCUGCCUGUCUCGGGACAUUGGGCCUGACUUCCCCGCGCCGGCCACUGCAGUUCCGCCGGCUGGAGCUCCUAUCGGUCAUCUGUCGCGGGUGGCUCCUGUUGGUGGAAGGGGUUGGCAUCGGCCCCGGCGCCGGACGCAGCAGCGGCAACAGCAGCAACACCGACAGCAGCACCAUCAAUGCCGGUGGCAGCAGCGACGGCGGCAAUGUCAGCGGCAGCAGCAGCAGCAGCAGCAGCAGCGGAGACGGCGGCGGCGGCGCGAAGGCCAGCAGUGCCGAUGGCCCGCAUGCAGUGGCACGGUCGGCAUUGGCCUCGGUUGUCAGCUACACCCUGGCCGUGGACUGGGCCUCGGCCGCACUGGAUCUGGCAUUGGAUCGGUGGCGGGCAUUGGCACUGGCGCUGGAGCUGGCGCGGGCAUUGUCCACCGGGCCGGCGGCCUGCCGGCUGACUCCGGCGCGGGCUCUCUGGGCCGAUCUGGCCACCGCCUGCCGGGGGGCCCUCGAAUCCGGGGAUUAUUGCCGGUUCCUGGGCGAGAGCGAGCGCUUCCUGGCGGCCGAUCUGCCCGAGCAGGCGUCGGCUGGCGGACCAAUCGAGGGGGCAUCUCUGAGCCACUUGAACUUUGUGUGGCAGGCGGCGCAUGAAGCGGUGGAGCUGGUGCUGGCUCGGUCGGUGGCCGAUCUGGCCGGGCUUGCCACUGCCGACAACCAUGUGGCCACGCUGGCGGCCGUGGCGGCGACCGAGUCGCUGGCUUGGCACACGGGGCUCACAUCGGCCGUGGCUGGCUGCCUGGCGGCUAUGGCCGAAGCCCAGGGCAUUCAGCCUCCCUCGGGAGCGGCGGUGCCCGGUCGGACAUGCCCGCUGGCCGGGCGCCUGCUUGCCCUGCUGGAGACCGCGCUCCAAUCACAGGGCGGGCCUGAUCUGGCAAUGCUCCUGGACGAGGAGGGCCUCGAUGCGUUGGACCAUGAGGCGGUGGCUCACUUCAUCGAGGGGGUUCCCUCGCCCUCGGAGCAUGGGCUGCUGGUGCACUUGGUGGAUGUCCUGGAGGCCGGGCCCGGUGGCAGUGGUGGUAGCGGCGGCGGCGGCGGCGGCGGCGGCGGCGGCGGCGGCGGCGGCGGCGGUAGGGGCGGAGACUCCGGCUCGGCCUUCUCGCCCUCGCCCGAGGACCUGCUGCAGUUUGUCCACCGGGCCACCCUCGGCCGGGAGGCCACCAGCAUACAGAUGAUCUUCACCCAAAGUGGCCAGCCGGCUGGCGCCGGGAGUUCCAUCCAAAGCCCGGCCAAGCGAAUGGUGCGCUUCAGCCGGCGGGACCUGGUCUGGACCGGGCAGGAUCCGCUGUGGGGUGGCGCUGGUGUGCCCGUGGGUAGCGAAACGCUGGCGACCAUGGGCGAUCUGGAUGCAUUCGACAGCGACGUCGUGGAAGAAGGGGCCGACUCGGAGGAUGACGAGCUGGCGGCGAUGUCGAGCUUGGCAGCCCCGCUCGAUGAGGGUCGCCGGGGUGGAACUGAUUGGCUGGUGAGCACCGGAACAAGUCGUAUCCGGUGCUGGUCGGCGAUGUCAUAGCACCAUGCGUAUCUCCUCCAAUAGAUGCCCGUGCUUUUUCCCGA